AAUACCCAAUACUUAAUUUAGUUUUACCUAUUAUACAUUUUUGUGCUACUGUUCGUAAGCAGUAGUGUCGAAAAUUAUAUUUAGGAACUCUCAAUUAAAUAUUCCUAUUUAUCUUUGACGAUGGUCAGUGCUGACAAUAGUUUUUCACCGACGAAUCUAUUCCAUUAUGCAGAAAUGCUACUCAAAGAAUCGAAGCUUCGAGAAGCGAGUACCCAGCAUAACACUAACAACUACAGCUGGUUGUCAUCCAGAACUGGCCAGCAUGAAGACUGGAAGACUAGUAAAGAGCUUGAUGGAUUUAAGCCGUUGAUACAGAAGCUAUCAUCGGAAAAUUGCGCCAAAAUCGCUGUCCAACUCGACAGUAUGACAGAAGAAGUCGAAUUAUCCUCAACAGCCAUCCUAAGAAUAUUCAAAAAACUUCUAGAAGAACAGACAAACAUACAGCUAAUGGACAAGAACGUCAUAAAAGCUAAAGAAAGAGGAAUCAAGAAGAAUCGUGUGAACAAAGUACAUCCGGUUUUAAUACCUGAUGGGAGGCAGCCUACAGUCUCAUUUAUUUUGUACACAUAGAAGAACAAACUACUUUUAAAAAUUAAACCUCAUUGCAUUA